AUGUCUUUGGCACAACUUCCAGACGAAAUAAUCCAUCAUCUCCUCUACUUCAUCUCUCCCGACGACACCCUCUGCCGAUUCCGUCUAGUCUGCCGCCGUCUUGCCCAGCUCUCGGACGAACCUCUGCUGUGGAGACACUACUGCGUCAACGGCUUCAGAUACUGGCACCCUCGUCAUGAGUAUGCCGCCAAGCUGAGCAGCCCCGUCGGCAAGGGAGACUGGAAGGAUCUCUACCUCGCCCGAAAGAGGACGGAUGCCCUAAUCUCGAGACUGUUUGACGGCAUCCUCGAAACCAAGGUCGACCGGCUCGCUAGGAUCGGCCAGAUUAGCGAGCUCGGAUACCAAGCCAAGGACUUUCUCAUGGCUCAGCGCAACACGCCGGACCAUGUCGACAAUGUUCUGACCAGGAAAUACUUUGGCGAUACCAUCCUAGACAGCAUCCAUCGCAGCGCAGGCAUAGAACAGUGGCAGGCCCUAGCAGACCGGACCCAGCCGGACCCAGGUCUGGAAAAGGUCCUGGGCGGUCUAGACAUGUUUGUCCUAGACGGAGACUCUCCCGACAUUGACGAUAUCACUCGCAUGAUCGACGACCGCACAGCCGAGUUCCUCGCCGGCCAUCCAGACCUCGAGCUCAAGACCACUCGUCAAAAGGCCUUGUUGCUGAACCGCUGGGUCCGGUCCGAGAACCUCGUCGGCCUCGCUGACCCGCAGCACGACUACCGCAACCUGCGCAACUGCCUGAUCGGCCAGGCCCUGCGGUCCUCGGAGCACGACUCCAUCCCCAUCAUCUCCUGCGCCAUAUACACGUGCGUGGCGCGCCGCGUCGGCCUAGACGCCCACUGCUGCAACUUUCCUGGCCACAUCCACGCCGUCGUCCAGGCCCCCACGGGCAGAACCCUGGAUGACGAGCCUGUGAGCUCCACCCUCCGCCCGCUGGACAGGAUGUACCUCGACCCAUUCGGCAAGGACGACGAGGUGCCCCUCUCCCACCUCGAGGCCCUCCUGGAGCGAUACGAUGCCUCUCACGACGUGCACGACGCCCUCUCCCCCGCCAGCUCCGCCACCGUUCUCGCCCGCACCGGCACGAACAUAAUGGCCACGUACGUCGAUGUCCUAGGGCGGCAGGACAUUGAUCGAGGCGACGACGAUGAGGAUGGGACAUCCCACCUCACCCGCCUCUCCCGCCUCUACCACGGCUCCGGCUCCGUCAACCUCAUCAAGAGCCUGUACGCAAGCAUGUGGGCCUCCCUGGUCAUCACCCCGCCCGAAUCGUGGGCCGGGCUAGACCUCUUCCUCGGCCGCUUCGUCCGUUCCUUCCCUGAAGACGCCUGGCUCGUCGAGCGGCACCUCGUGCCCCGGGCGCCGACCCGUCGCAACACCUUUGGUCGUCCGGCCGGCCAGUCAGACGACGCCUGGAAGCUGCUCCGUAGCAUCCAGCGCGCGGACAGGCUGCCCUCCCCCGUCUUCCCACGCGACCCGCUCAACGACACCGUGUCCUAUCGCAUCGGCCAGGUCUUUCGUCACACGAGUCACGGACACCUCGGCGUCAUUACCGGCUGGAGUAACCAGGGUACCCGGGACUUGGCCACGUCCAACAGCAGCGCCGGUCGCUCUGACGUCGGCGCUGACAAUGUCAGGGAGGAGGCUUCCGAUUCGGAUGUUGUCAACCGCCUACGUCUUGAUAGCAGGACAUAUUUUACAUAUCUUCGCACUACAUCAGCAGAACGCUACGUCAUUGCUGAGGAUGACAUUGAAAUCAUCACGGACCCCGACGUCGUGGAUUCGAAUCUAUUCCACUACGCUGGCAAGUAUUUCAAGAGGUUCAACAGGGAGACAUGCUCAUUCGUGUCAAACAACCGUGAGCAGUUUCCCGACGACUGA